UGGCUCCGCUCGCUCCGCCCGCCGCUCCCGCCGCUCCCGCCCCUUCCGCCGCCGCUUCCGCCGGGGCCGGGGUAGAGUUGUGAGUACCUGUGAAACCAGGUGUGAAACCACAAGGCAGAAUUUCAUAGUGCAGUCGCUGCUGUGCUGAAGCACUAAAUUCUUCUGAAGCUACUCCUGCUGGCCCUGGAUCUGCACAUGACUGGUGUUCACGCCGUGAGUGAAUUAAUAAUCAAGAAGCAUGAAGCAUGGUGGGAGUACUUCCUAACAGCAGAAAAGCAGGAAUCUGUGGCACAAUUGCACUUUAUUGAAAUCGUGGAAAGUUUUCUAGCACAUUUACUCAGUGAUUAAGUUGAAGACAUGGGGCCAAUGAAAUAUAAAUCAAGUGUGUCCUCAGUGUCCUGUGGCCUGCAAUACCACCAUUCGUUGAUGAAGUGGAGUCCCAAAAUGAAUUUACAUGUAGUGAGGACUUACUGCUCCUCAGAGCCCAAGAGACCUGAAGCCAAGUCUGCCAUAGAAAUGGCCAUGGGCCUCCUUCAUCGGCUCACAGAAACUGGGACUGUGAUGGGAAAAAACUCCCUUCAAAAAGUGUCUGCAACAUGCAAGAAUUGGUGGGACAGAUAUGAAGAAUUUGUUGGAAUUAAUGAAGUUCGAGAGGCUCAAGGGAAAGUAACAGAGGCAGAAAAUGUCUUUAUGAUAGCUCGGGGGAUAGUACGAGAGGCUCGUGAAAAUGUAGAAGCCCAACAGAUUAAACUGAAGGAAAUUCGGGACCGCUUAGACAGGGUCUCUCGGGAUGACACCCAGUAUUUAGAACUGGCUACUCUGGAACACAGGUUGCUGCAGGAAGAGAAGAGGUACCGAGCUGCAUAUUUAAAUGCAGAAGAAUCAGAGAGAGAAAAAUUCUCUCUCUUCUCUGCAGCUGUAAGGGAAAGCCAUGAGAAAGAGCGCACAAGAGCUGAAAAAACUAAGAACUGGUCUAUUAUUGGUUCUGUGCUGGGAGCCGUUAUAGGUGUUCUGGGUUCCACCUAUGUAAAUCGAGUAAGGCUGCAAGAAUUGAAAGUCUUGGUGCUUGAAGCACAAAAGGGCCCAAUAAAUUUACAAGAAGCCAUCAAAGAACAGGCCUCCAGCCAUUACUCACAGCAGAAGGAUCUCAGUGAUGUCAUAGAAGACCUGAAAAGUGUGCUGCAAACAACAGCGUCGCGAGGAGUAAAAGAGGGCGCUUUGUUAACUAGAGAAACCAGGAAUGACUCCAUAAAACUAGAUUCACUUUUAACUCCUUUAAACGAACAGCUAAACUACAUUAAACAAGUCAGUUCAUGUCUAGGGAGUUUACAGCAGCAGUUUAACAGUCUGCAGGAAAGUGUCGCACAGGUGCUGUCUGAGAUGCAGAGUGUCAAACUCGCGAUCCACUCUAGACCUACGGAAAGGGUGAUCCCGAGGUCUUCAGGGGAGGGCAAGGGCCAGGCUUCUGCUGUGAGAGAUGUGAUUUUAGAAUUGUGUGAUACCGAGCGGAGACUGGAAACACAAAUCAAGAGAAGUUCUAUUUACAGCACUGCACUGACGUGUGCUAUGUUUGCUAUUACUCUGCCUGUACUCUAUAUUAUACUUAAAGGGAACUGAUCCCUGAUCAAUUGCCACAAUUUACUAGAUUAAUAAAGGUAAACUUGCACUCUAAGUAGUUAGAGUACAAGUCCAAAUAAAGCUGCCUUAGCGUUUCUCGUUA